GGAACCAUUUACGUGUUUGUUUUUCUACACGAGCGCAUUAGCUGCUACGGACCGCAGCUGCGUGCCUGACGAAAUGGAAGUGAAAAAUGCAAAUGCUGCGAUGCUGAGCAACUACGAGGUUUUCCAGCUCCUCACAGAUUUGAAGGAACAGAGGAAGGACAGUGGGAAGAACAAACACAGCGUGGGGCAACAGAACCUCAACACCAUCAUGUAUGAGACGCUGAAGUAUCUGUCCAAGACGCCGUGCAGCAGGCAGAGUCCAGAGAUUGUCAAAGACUUCCUCAACACCAUGAUGCCUCACAAACUCACAAAGGCAGAGAAACUGCAGCUCCUGAACCACCGACCACAAACAGCAGUGGAAAUUCAGCUAUUGGUGGAGGAGAGUGAGGAGCGGUUAUCAGAGGAGCAGAUUGAAGAGCUCAUCCAGACAGUCACAGAUGCUCUACCAGGUGACCCGGAGCAGGAGAACACAGAGGCCGAGAUGGAAGAAGCCAGUGAACAAUCAUGACACAACAGCCCAUUGCAACUCAGACUGUCUGUGGAGAGCUGGAGUAAAGUCUAAAGUUAGUACAGAACUGGACUGGUUUCUUUUAUCUGCAUCAUUUUACAUCCCUGUUUGAACUGAAACAAGCUGAUGGAAAGGAAACACAGCAGCUGCCUGGAGUAAAUGAAAAUGACCCUGUUACUUUUUUUUUUUUUUAAUUGUAAAUGAUAACAUUUUGUGUCUAAUUUAUGUGUACUUAUUUAAAUACAGCUGAAAUCCGAAGAGCAGGUUUUGGGACAGUGAGUCUGAUGUUUUCCACUGGAUUUGUCUAAUUGUAUUUCAUCUUUGAUAUUGCUUAUGCAUAGACAGUCUGCUUCUACAGGGCUAUAUUUCUGGCCCCUGACUAAAAUCUCUGCCCUCCCCCUGGUGCAUAAAACAGAGGGUUUGCUGCAAGUAAGUUUGUAAUGGUGCAUAAGGUCAGAUAAUGAUAUAACACUGGCUGUGUAUGUAUGUUUACCAAGAGGUUGUUGUUAACUCUUUUUCCUGUAGUAUUUUUACAUAACAUGCUAUUUUCUUUCUUUAACGUCAUGAAAAAAAUGCCUUUAAUGUUUGGUCAGUAAGUUAAUAACACCACAAACACUUUCAGCAAAGACCUGCUGUCUUCUACUUGUUUACAUGUGGUGUAGCAUGAUAGACCAACUUAAAGUAGGACUAUAAUCAGAGACCCAAUUCAGAGUCCCACAAUAAUGGUGUCACCUUAAAUUCUUCUUUUAUUUGUGUCAAACUGUAGGUCUGUGAACACAACACAAAGAGAGAGCAGCACCUGCACAUCACAUCUUUUUGAGUUUUUUUUAUUGCUGUUUGAAGGGGUAGUAAAUCUUUCAUCAUCUUUGAAUAAUGUGGCCAUCAAGUGAAACCCUCAUGACUUUUACUAAAUAUGUUUGUGUAACCACUCAGGAUUGAACCUGCAGACUGAUACAUAAACACUCAAAUUCCUGAUUGAAAGAGUCUUGAUAUGCUCAUUUUUUUCUGCUAGGACAUUGUGAAACAGCAGAGGAAGGAUGUGCUGGUUAGACUUGUCUACCAUUCUGUUUUUAGCUUCCUGUUAGUGUAUCACAUCAGUUUCCUGUCCCUGCUUUGUGCUCCCCUACAGUGAGAAACAACAGUAAAGUGAAAGUUAUGUAAGCUAA